AAUGUGGAAAAAAGCGUGAAAGUUUCGGGUAAACGAACGCUGAACCUUCGCGAGUGUAUUUGCAGAGGAGAAACUCGAAGGAUCGAUAAAAAUGGCAGCUUCUUCGUCUUCCUUUUUCGCCGCAGCUUCCAAGAAGGUUGGGCCAGCCGCACGCCGCCAAGUUCUUACUCUUACGGAGGCCGCUGCCGAAAGAAUUCGACAACUUCUGCAACAGCGCCAACGUCCUUUCCUUCGCCUCGGCGUCAAGGCGCGCGGCUGCAAUGGCUUAUCCUAUACUCUCAACUAUGCAGAUGAGAAAGGGAAGUUUGAUGAACUGGUUGAGGAUCAAGACGUGAAGAUAUUGAUCGAGCCAAAGGCUCUGAUGCAUGUAAUAGGAACAAAGAUGGACUUUGUAGAUGACAAACUGAGAUCCGAGUUUAUCUUUAUCAAUCCAAAUUCCAAAGGACAAUGUGGCUGUGGGGAGUCCUUUAUGACAACAGGCAGUGCAGAAGCCAACAAAAAGUAAAAGGAUGCAGUUGAGCUGUUUGAAUAACUCAAACUUGCAGUUGCUGAUUUGUUGUGUAUUUUUCUGGGAACAAGGACAAUGACCAAAAGAGUUAUCUGACAAGAAUUUAAAACAAUUGUAAGAAUAUUAUAUAUCUAUAGGGUUAAUUAUAUAUUCUUAGAAAGCCAAGCGUUGUACUAUGCUAAUAAUUUUCUUUCUUUUGUAUGUAUUAUUGUAGACUGCACUGGCUAAUGAGUUCCGAGGUAAUAAAAUUCUCCCACGACUUUCUUUUGUUCAA